AUGAACGGCGCGUCAUUUGGAGCUCCCUCUGCCCAAUCCAACAUGGAUCGCAAGAUGGCAUUUGCGGAACAACUUGUUCUCGAACUCGGCAACCCCGAUCUCCGAGAAAACGGUCUUCUCGAGCUCUCAAUGAAUUUGGAUACGGCUCAUAUUUCGUAUGUUGAGAAAGUUUUUGUUGUCGGGAUCAUUAGAAAUGCAAUUGAGGUGUUUGAGGCAAAUCAAAAAGGCUGCUGGUCGGUCGUCGUCGGUCGGUCGCCGUCUACAUUCUCUGAAGGGAGUUUGAUACCUGAGCUUCAGAAACCUGCCACGUGGGAGAAGCUCAACAGGUGUUUGAGGAAAGGAAGGAGGAUAAUGGUGAAUGUUGGAGGAAGUUGUGUGGUGGCGGAGAAUAAGCUUAGAGAUGGGAAGGUUAUGAUGGAAGAGACUUUGAAGGCGAUGAGAGUGGUUUUUGGGGAGAAACUUUUCGUUCUCAGUCUUGAGAAUCGCAAGGACGAUAGUUCCCUUGCUCUUACUGGGGAUUUACCACAACCUGAUCUCUGGAAGAAGUUUCGCCUCGACCAUAUUUUCAUUCCUAAUUCAUUGUUGUAG